AUGUUAAUGCUACUGUAUUUGGCAUAUGUUACAACAAACGUGGAGACAGUGCAACAAAUAUGUCAUAUGGAAUCUACAAAUCGUUCAUUUACCGGUAUUUUAUAUAUUUCAUUACGUACGGAUAUAAAACACUGCAAACGAGAAUGCCUUACAUUCAGCACAAGCCAGUGCUCAGCAGUUAUGUACGUUAUUAGUAAAAAUCUGUGUUUGCUUAUAAGUGGUCAGCAAAUUGAAGAGAAUGAAUUCAUUGGUCAAGAUACAAUGAACUUCCAUAGGAUAUGUCGACGUAGUACAAAGGCGCAAUCGAUACUUCUUAAAAAAGCAUGUUUUGAAGAAUUUCAUGGAAGAGUAUUACUUGGUGUUGUUGACGAGAUCUAUGAGAAUGUAUCAAAAAUACAAUGCCGAAAAGCUUGUGCGGUUUCAUUAUUUCAAAGCAAUGUCUCGUGCAAAGCAGCUAUUUAUUAUCCCAAAGAGCACGAAUGCAUCAUAUCAUCACAGAAUCGUCUUGAUUUGCCUGAAUUGUUCAUAGAGGAUGCAGUAGCAAUCUAUCUUGAAAAUAGAUGUGCUGAUGAACGAUUUCUGAACAGAACACAUAAUGAAAAUGACACUGAGAAGACAACAUUUUUAUCGACAACUGCAAACAGUUUGUUUUUCAAGAAUGAAAAACUUUUGCCCAGUGGUACUAGCAAUACUACUUUGAAUCGAAUGCCGAAGAAACUUGUAAAAGAUAAUGCAAAACACGAACGCCAGCCACUGAGAAAUGUUGAAAGGUCUGGGUACGAAAUGAAUUUUAACGAAAACUUGCGUCCUCCUUACCCGUUACAUGCAGAGCAUCAUAAUUCUAGGAUUAAUCCGGAAACGGUCGACAAUUAUAGGCCACUGUUUCGUUCUCAGAAAAUGUACUUAACGUAUUGA